AUGUCGAAAGCGUCGCAUGUGGUUAUGGUACAGAAGAGAUGUGAUCGUCUCCCCCCCGCAGGUCCCGCUCGUACUCCCCGCGGCGGCGCGGCUCCCCCACGUACUCGCCGGUGCGCCGCUCCUACUCACGCGAGCGCGAGCGAGAGCGCGACCACAACUACUGAGCGCCAGCUGCGGACGGCGAGGGUGAGGACGAGCCAUCGACAAUGCGCCGGCAACAAUACACAACACUAG